UCGGCUGAAGGACUGCGCCUUCAAGCCCUCUGACUGAGCCCUUGGGUUUCAUGCCCGCCCCUUAGUUAGAAGGAAGGUGGGGGUUGCUCCAACCUGCCCUCUGUCCUCCUAAAUGAUGAGGGAUGCGCAUGGAUGGAGCCCUACCAUAGAGCUCAGCUUUCCAGGGCCUGUUUCUUGAGAUCCAGAAGGCCGCUCAAGAAGGCACACUCUACCCACUUCCUCCCCCCCCUUCCAGCCGGCAGCAGGGAAACCUGGGGAGCAGAUCCUUCAGGUGGAGCUGGGUGUGCUUCGGGUCCCGUUCGGGAGAAGCUCCUGGAAUCUGGCUGCCUCCUCCGGGACUGAGGUUGCGGACGACGCUGACGAUUUGCUUUGGGAGCUGGAGUAGCUGCUGCCACCGGAGUCUGGAGCCAUGAGCGGGUUUAAUUUUGGAGGCACUGGGGCCCCCACAGGCGGGUUCACAUUUGGCACUGCAAAGACAGCAACAACCACCCCUGCCACCGGGUUUUCUUUCUCUACGUCUGGCACUGGCGGGUUUAAUUUUGGGGCUCCCGCCCAGCCCACUGCGAGCACCCCUUCUACCAGCCUGUUCUCACUCCCUACCCAAACGCCAGCAGCACAGACCUCAGGAUUCAGUUUUGGAACCACAACUCCUGCUACUGGAGGCACUGGGUUUUCCUUAGGGAUCAGCACCCCAAAGCUAAACUUGGGCAAUGCAGCUGCCACCCCAGCCACAGCACAGCCCACUGGCUUCGGGCUCGGGAGCAGCACCCUCACCAACGCCAUCUCCAGCGCCGUCACCUCCAGCCAGGGCACAGCACCCACCGGCUUUGUGUUCGGCUCCACCGCCACCUCUUCUGCUCCAUCUACCACACCCGGGGGCUUCUCGUUCACAGGUGGAGGCACGACCCAGGCUGGGGGGACCUCCAGUUUCAGUAUUGGCUCCAUGGGGAGUUCGGCCCAGCCCACGACACUUGCUGGGUUGGCCUUCACUCCAGCCACACCGGCAGCCACUGGAGCAGGAACCACACAGCCAGCUGCUCCCGCGCCCACUGCUGCCACCACCAGUGCUGGACCCACACUCUUUGCUUCUCUGGCUACUGCUCCAACCUCGUCUGCUGCCACCGGGCUCUCCCUUGGUGCCCCAGCAACCACCGCUGGAACGUCUGGGUCUGGAAUGCUGGGCUUCAGCCUAAAGGGUCCUGGAGCAGCUCCCACCGCGUCCACAGCGACAUCCACCGCCGCCACCACCACCAGCACCAGCAGCUUCUCCUUGAAUCUAAAACCCCUGGCACCAGCCGGGAUCCCCAGCAAUGCGCCCACUGCCAUAACCGCCCCGUCUGGCCCCAGUGCAGCCACUGGGGUGUCCACCAGUCCCGUGAUGACCUACGCCCAGCUGGAGAGUCUGAUCAACAAGUGGAGCCUGGAGCUGGAGGACCAGGAGCGGCACUUCCUGCAGCAGGCCACCCAGGUCAACGCCUGGGACCGCACGCUGAUCGAGAACGGGGAGAAGAUCACCGCCCUCCACCGCGAGGUGGAGAAGGUGAAGCUGGACCAGAAGAGGCUGGACCAAGAGCUGGACUUCAUCCUGUCGCAGCAGAAGGAGCUGGAGGACCUGCUGAGCCCUCUGGAGGAGUCCGUCAAGGAGCAGAGCGGGACCGUCUACCUGCAGCACGCCGACGAGGAGCGCGAGAAGACCUACAAGCUGGCCGAGAACAUCGACGCCCAGCUGAAGCGCAUGGCCCAGGACCUCAAGGACAUCAUCGAGCACCUGAACACGUCCGGGGGCCCCGCCGACACCAGCGACCCGCUGCAGCAGAUCUGCAAGAUCCUCAACGCGCACAUGGACUCCCUGCAGUGGAUCGACCAGAACUCGGCCCUGCUGCAGAGGAAGGUGGAGGAGGUGACCAAGGUGUGCGAGGGGCGGCGCAAGGAGCAGGAGCGCAGCUUCCGGAUCACGUUCGACUGAGCCCGUGGCCGGCCGCAGGGCCGCGGUUCCCAGUGUGUUCAGUGGGGGAGUGUGCGGUUACUGCCUAGCUUUUGUUUGCUAUGAAAUACUGUUUGAUUGUUUCUUUCAAACAGUUGUGCUGUCAAGAGAACUGUUUGUGGUUUGAGUUUUUGCAUUUAUAAGUAGAAGUAUUCUGAGUGUUCUAGUCCGAGCAGCAGCCUAGUAGGUAUGCUUUCUCUGUAUAACUUCUUUGUUUAUCCCAGACCCUUUUCUUUUUUCCUUUUUUUAAAUAUAUUUUUAUUGAUUUUUAGAAAGAGGAAGGAAGGGAGAGAGAGAGGAAGAAAAAAACCCCACACUUUGAUGUGAGAGAGAAGCAUCAAUCCGUUGCCGCCUGCACGCACCCCAACUGGGGAUCAAACCCGCAACCCCGGGUAUGUGCCCUGACUGGGAAUCAAACCUGCAACCUUUCGGUGCACAGGACAGCGCUCACCCAGCUGAGCCACACCGGCCAGGGCCCAGACCCUUUUCACUUACUGCAGCCUUCCUCGUCGUCACUCCCAGCCCGGGUUCCCUGGGCAGCCUCUCUGUCUACCGCGUAGUCAUAGGUGCCGUGUAAAAAGACUUGGUUCUCGGGGAGCCGGCAGCCUGGUGUAAGGUGCACGUGUGGAAACGAGCCACCUGUGCAAAGUGACUUGUGACUGGAACAGGCCGUGAGAUAGUGAACUUCCCAAGAGGAGGCAGGGCAGGUAGAUGAGGGACUUGAACAAGGUGUUGACAGAAGGGUCAGACUUGGGCCAGGGGGGUCUUUGUGUUUCCUGGCAGACACACCUCCUCGGCUUCCUGGUCUCCCCACAGCCGUGGCAGGCGUGUCAGGUGGCGUCCUGCCGUGCCCGCACCACAAUGAGCUUGCACAGAAGACUUGCCACUCUGUAUUGUGCCGACUGUUUACUUCUGGGCCUCACUGUUAGAUUGUGAGCCCCUGUGGGCAGGGAGUGUUUCUUGUUCCCCUUUGUGUCCUCAGCACAAUCCCUGUCAUAUUUAUCAAAUGAGUGAACAAUGGAGAUGAAACCCACAAAACGCCUGCUGAAACGGCAGAGGCAGCCACAGACUGGGUUCUGCCAAGUGUUCCCGAUGCCGAAGCAACCCUGUCAGUGAGGCCCCACGUCCAGAGGCAGAAGCCGGCCCACGGUAGCCCAGUGUCUUUCCUGUCUUUCCACGCGCUGCACUCGGACAUACCCAGGAUUGUAUGUCGCUUUCCUAAAUAAAAUAAAAUUCAUUGUGGAACAGAAAA